AUGUUUUAUUCAGAACAACUCCUGGCCAAGACCGGGCCUUUGGCUCGUGUCUGGCUUGCUUCUAAUGUCGAGCGCAAGCUCUCAAAAUCGCAAAUCCUACAAUCCGAUAUUCAGAGCAGCGUGGGCGCCAUUGUGGACCAAGGACAUGCUCCUAUGGCCUUGCGCCUGAGUGGUCAGCUUAUGCUGGGCGUGGUGCGAAUCUAUGGGAGAAAAGCCCGAUAUCUGCUCGACGAUUGUAACGAGGCUUUGGUCAAGAUCAGAAUGACCUUCAAAUCGACCAACAACCACGAUCUGCCCGCCAAUGCGACAACCACUGUCGACCUCAAUCUACCUGAAUUGCUCACCAUCGAUGAUUUGUUCUCUAACAUGGACUUCACGUUCCCCAUGACCCAACAACCACCCACUACAACUGAACAAAGUCAAUUGCUCGAUGAGGAGGAAGAAGAAGACUGGACCAGCUCUCUCGUCCCUCAGCAGAAGAGUUCUGAAUCGAUGCUCACUCCUAACGAAGAAUUAUUAUACAACGAGGUCGAUCUUGAUCUCGACUUUGGAGAAGGCGAUGACAUGGACAUGAAUGACACCACCGUCAGUAUGAAUCUUGGUCGAAAUGCACAGAGCCCGAAACCUAGUGGCGAAGGAGAGGCCCUCCUUUAUGACGACGAAGAGGCCCUCGACUUGGAUUUCGGUGAAGACACGCCUAUGCCGGAUCAGCCUUAUGCAGAUGAUACUCUACCUCCUGUCGGUGAUGCAGCACCGCUUGAGUUCGAAGAUGACGAGACACUCCAAUUGCAACGAGUGGCGGGGGUCCCGUCUCGUGGACGAGACACAGAGUCUCCUUUAUCAGAGGCUAACUCUGACAUCCUUCGCGAACUCGACACGACAUUCCAUAACCAACCGGAAGAGGAGAUCGAAGAAGUGGUAGUCCGGCAACGUCAGCGGAGUAGAAAGCAGAAAGUCCUCAUGCCCGACGUUGAAACUGUGCUCCAUAACAACCAGAUCAAAGCACAGGCAGCAGACCGGUCGAAGAUCUUGCGCCCUCCAUCGUUUCUGCCUUCAAAUUCUCUCACGAUGAACUUAGCGAGCAUGCAAAAGAGCGGCGGCUUUGUCUCGUACGCAAUGAAUGACGGUCAGUCCAAAGAUUGGGCACCCGAGCUCCAAGGUCUAUUGUCGUUUGAAAUAGUGUCGAAAUCCGGGCAACUCAAGAGGAAGCGAGAUAGCGGCAUCGGUGGUCUAAGCGAAGACGAACACAGUGAAAAGUCCCCACGACUACAAGGCCCAGAAAAUGCAAUGGAGGAUGAAGGUGUCCACCUUGAAGAUGCCCAGCGCGACAUCACCCUGGAUGACAUAGCCCCUCUACCCAUGAGCGACGGUCUUCCAGUCUUCGAUAAUGCUGCUGAGGACGAAGAUGAUGCCGGCGACGGCACAUUCAACGAUACAACGGUGCCGCUUGUCCAUCCUGCCGACAGUGGCCCUAUCUCACUCGGGACACAACAUGCAGUUCAUCUCCUGCGUGACCGACUUGGGAAUGCUGAUGAUGCCCAUCCAUCUUCGCCAGCCAAGAAAUCCGUGCUGCUACAAGAUCUCGUCCCAGAAGGUCGGGCAAGCAAGGAGGAUGCCACGAAAAUGUUCUUCGAGGUGCUAGUUCUAGCCUCAAAGGACGCAAUAAAGGUUGAGCAAGGCAACAAGUCGAUAGGAAUGCCCCUACGGAUCAGAGCAAAACGAGGACUGUGGGGAGCAUGGGCAGAGACAAGUCCAGGCGACGAUCCAACUGUCCCCACAACGGCUUCUCAGCAAGUGGCUGCUUCAGCUUGA